UUAUAAGAAGCUUAUAUUUAUCUUUUCAAUGGAAAUACUCAAAAAAAUUUAUUCACUAUACUCAACACGCGGGCACAAAUGUGAUGGCUGCAAUCUUGGUGAAGACUGCUACAGUGAUGGCUAUCGUUGCAUUCGUUCUGGACUAUUCUUUCACAAGGAGUGCGCUACAUCUAAUCAAGAUGUUUGCAACGCCUAUCAUCCACAACAUAUGUUAAAAAUCAAGGUAGUUUCAAACUUCGAAGAUGUCCAUGGUGAAUGCAAGAUUUGUAGAGGUAACUUGCCAAAAAUGUAUUAUUAUUGUUCAAUAUGUGAUUUUGCAAUCGAUUUGAUAUGUGCAAGAAAAGAAGUUGUCAAAAAUAUCGAUGUUCCAAAUACACACAAGCAUCGUUUAUCCCUUGUUCCAAAGAUGAUUAUGUUUUCAUGUCAUAUAUGUCAACUAGUUGAUGAUCGUUUCCCUUAUGCAUGCGAUAUAUGUGGUUUGAAUUUCCAUAAAGAUUGUGCUGAAUCUACACCAGAACUCAGCUACUCAUGUCAUCCUAAACACCAUCUCAAGCGUCUCACUCGUGUUCCAAGUUACACCAAUGGAAAAUGUUGCUUGUGCAAAAGCAAGCUUCAUAUUCUGUUUUAUCAUUGUUCUAUUUGCAAUUUCAGUGUGGAUGUCGAAUGUGCAAAGAAUCCACCUCCUUUAACUCUUGACCACCCCAAAGCGCAUGAACAUCAACUCACUCUUUUGCCGCAACGAAUUUUUGUUUGUAAUGCUUGUGGAAUGGAUGAUGAUCCAAAUCCUUAUAUAUGUCUUCAGUGCAAUUUCAUGGUCCAUAGGAAUUGUAUAGACAUACCACACAUUAUAAAAAUUAGUCGUCAUGUUCAUCGUAUAUCCUACAAUGAUUGCCUCGAGGCCGGUGAUUGGAAAUGUGAAGUCUGUCUGAAAGAGAUAAAUUGGACAUGUGGAGCUUAUUCUUGCUCAAAAUGUCCUGAUUUUGCAAUUCAUGUGAGAUGUGCCACAAGGUUUGGGAUCUGGGAUGGUAUUGAACUUGAAAGCAUAUUAGAAGAUACCACAAACUCUAAAGCAUAUGAAGUGAUCGAAGAAGGAGUAAUAAAGCAUUUCAUUCAUAAGAAUCAUACAUUAAAGCUCAAAGAAGGGAGUGAUGCUAAUGGUAAAAGUAGGCGUUGUACAGCAUGCACAUAUCCCAUAUUUUCUACUCUAUUCUAUGAUUGCACGGUAUGUGAUUACUUCAUCAUUCAUCAGAAAUGUGCUGAUCUUCCAAAAAAGAAAAUAGAUUCCUUCUACAAGAUGUCCAUGACUUUAGUCUCAAAUUCUAACGAGUUAAAUUUAUGUGAUGCUUGUCAAAAUUAUUUUGAAGGUUUCAUGUACAUAAGUGAUAAUGGUAUUAUCAACCUUGAUGUGCGAUGUGGUUCUAUAUCUGAGCCCUUUGUCCAUGAAGGUCAUCCUCAUCAUUCGUUAUACAUCAAUUACUCAAAAAAAGACAAAUUAUGCAAUGCUUGUGGAGAUAAGGCAUGUAUGGUUUUCAGUUGUGAGGAAUGCGACUUUGUUUUAGACGUCAAAUGUUCUAUUUUGCCAAAAAUGGUAAAACACAAAAACGAUAAAGAUCAUUUUCUGACUCUAUGUUACGGAGAAAAAACGAGGGAGCAGUAUUGGUGCGAGGUAUGCGAAGAAGAUCUAAACCCAGAAAAAUGGUUUUAUUCAUGUGAUCAUUGUGGCGUCACUCUUCAUAUCAAAUGUACGUUUGGAGAUUUCAUAUGGAUUAAUCCCGGAGGCGAGGCUGAGUCCAUAUAUAUGGUUAUUCCCAAUAAUUAUACAAGUCGGCCAGUUUGUAACGGGUGUGAUUCUCGUUGUCAAUACCCAUUUAUCCUGAAGUAUAAGAAAUAUAUAUUAUGUUCUUUACCGUGUUUUAAAAGUGUAGUAGGUCGUUAGUGAUUUAUCAAAGUGGAUUUACAAAAAAAAGUA